GCCUUCCCCGGCCCAGGCCUCCAUGGCCACCAACCCGCAGCCGCAGCCGCCUCCUCCGGCGCCGCCGCCUCCCCCGCCGCAGCCGCAGCCGCCACCGCCGCCGCCGGGCCCCGGGGCUGGCCCUGGCGCGGGUGCGGCGGGCGGCGCGGGGACCGGCGCCGGGGACCCGCAGCUCGUGGCCAUGAUCGUGAACCACCUCAAGAGCCAGGGGCUCUUCGACCAGUUCCGCAGGGACUGCCUGGCCGACGUGGACACCAAGCCUGCCUAUCAGAACCUGAGACAAAGGGUUGACAGCUUUGUUGCGAACCACUUGGCAACUCAUACGUGGAGUCCCCACCUCAACAAGAACCAACUGAGAAACAACAUCAGGCAGCAGGUGCUUAAAUCAGGAAUGUUGGAGUCUGGGAUUGACCGAAUUAUUUCUCAGGUUGUGGAUCCAAAGAUCAACCACACGUUCAGACCUCAGGUGGAGAAAGCUGUGCAUGAGUUUUUGGCUACCCUAAACCACAAAGAGGAGGCAAGUGGCAGCACAGCCCCUGAUGAGGAGAAACCAGACUCUUCCAUCAUUACACAAGGUGUCCCAGUGCCUGGACCGAGCGCUAAUGUAGCCAACGAUGCCAUGUCCAUCUUGGAAACCAUAACUUCUCUUAACCAAGAAGCUAGUGCAGCCAGAGCUUCGACAGAAACAUCAAACACCAAGGCUGGUGAGAGAGUAUCCAAAAAACUCCCAUCACAGCCGAGCACUGAUGCUAGUGCCGAGAAAGAGAGAACUGCAGAGGACACGGCGGACAGAGAGAAGUCUACACCCGACCCCACAGGGGAGGGACAGGAAACAGCCCCUAAGUCUGAAGAAUUCAAUGAUCUCCCUUGUCCAGUUGAGGAAAUUAAAAAUCACACAAAAGAGAGUAAUAGUUCAGUUCUGCUAAAUAAGGAUGUUCCACAGGAAAGCAUUGACCAAAAAAAUAAAUCAGCUGACAAAGGUGAAAAGAAACCAGAGAGCAAUGACAAAGGAGAAAGAAAAAAAGAAAAGAAGGAAAAGACCGAAAAGAAGUUUGAUCACUCAAAAAGGAGUGAGGACCUACAAAAAGUGAAAGAGGAAAAGCAAACAAAGGAAAAAGAAGUAGAGUGUUCAAAACUCCCUUCAGAAAAGAACAGUAAUAAAGCUAAAACCAUUGAAGGCACAAAAGAAGAUUGCUCCUUGAUAGAUUCUGAUGUGGAUGGACUUACAGACAUCACCGUUAGCUCUGUCCAUACCAGUGACCUUUCAUCCUUUGAAGAAGACACCGAGGAAGAAGUUGUAAUGUCUGAUAGCAUGGAAGAAGGAGAGAUUACGUCAGAUGAUGAGGAAAAGAACAAGCAGAACAAAGCAAAAACUCAAACCAGUGAGCCCAGUGAAGGAAAAGCAAAAAGCGUGCGGCAUGCUUACGUUCACAAACCGUAUCUUUACUCAAAGUAUUACAGUGACUCCGAUGACGAGCUUACCGUAGAGCAACGGCGCCAGUCUAUUGCUAAAGAAAAAGAAGAGAGGCUUUUAAGAAGGCAAAUUAAUAGAGAGAAACUUGAAGAAAAACGAAAGCAGAAAGCAGAAAAGACAAAGUCUUCAAAAGCUAAGAGUCAAGGCAAAAAUAGUGUGGACUUAGAAGAAUCAUCAGGAACGAGUUUGGAGCCUAAAACCCCCAGAAUUAAAGAAGUCCUUAAAGAACGGAAAGUUUUAGAGAAAAAAGUAGCCUUAAGCAAAAAAAGAAAGAAAGAUUCAAGGAAUGUUGAGGAGAAUUCUAAAAAGAAACAGCAAUCUGAAGAAGAUUCCAAAGAAACUCUCAAGACAAGCGAGCAUGGUGAAAAGGAGAAAGUGUCUUCUUCAAAGGACCUAAAGCACGUUCAUGCAAAAAGCGAACCAAGUAAACCUGCCCGGAGACUAUCCGAGUCUUUGCAUUCAGCUGAUGAAAACAAAAAUGAGUCCAAGAUAGAGCGGGAGCACAGAAGACGCACAUCUACCCCCGUUGUGGAGGAGGGGGCACAGGAAGAGGCUGACUCAAGAGAUGGGAAAAGGCAGGUGGAACGGUCAGAAAUUGGCACCGAAGAGCCCCAGAAACAGAAGAGCACACUUAAAAACGAAAAGCAUCUGAAGAAAGAUGAUUCUGAAACCCCACAUGUGAAAAGCCUACCUAAGAAAGAAGCAAAGUCCUCAAAGGAGAAGCCUGAAAAAGAGAAGACUCUGUCAGAAGACAAGUUGUCUACGAAACAUAAAUAUAAAGGCGACAGUCUGCACAAAACAAGUGAUGAGACAGAGCUUCACUCUUCUGAGAAAAGCUUAAAAGUGGAUGAAAAUGCUCAAAAGCAAAGUCAACAAGCAAAACUUUCUUCAGAUGAUAAAACUGAACGAAAAAGUAAACAUAAGAAUGAAAGGAAAUUAUCAAUUUUAGGCAAAGAUGGAAAGCCAGUUUCUGAAUAUAUCAUAAAAACAGAUGAGAAUGUUCGUAAAGAAAACAACAAAAAAGAGAGACAUGUGUCAGCCGAAAGAACUAAAGCAGAACACAAAUCAAGGAGAUCCAGUGAUUCUAAAAUUCAGAAAGAGUCUCUGAGUUCCAAGCAGCACGGAACCCCAUUACAGAGAAGAUGCGAAAGUUAUUCAGAGGACAAGUGUGAUAUGGACUCAACCAACGUAGAUAGUAAUUCAAAACCAGAAGAGAUAGUUCACAGGGAGAAACGAAGAACAAAGAGCUUGCUGGAAGAGAAGCUUCUGUUAAAGUCGAAACCAAAAAGUCAAGGCAAACAGUUGAAAGUCAUUGAAACGGAAUUACAAGAAAGUGUCACAAGACAGGUGACCACUCCAAAACCAGAUAAGGAGAAGAGCAUGGAAGAGAUCAACCCAGACAGACAGCGGAAGUCGAAAGUUGAAGACAAACCCUCUGAGGAAACUGGCGCUGAAGCUGUAUCGGACAGUGCCGCUUCUUCAGCACAGGGCAUACAGAAAGACCCUUCCAGUCACAGAACCAAGUUACCAUUAGCAAAGGAGAAAUACAAGGCUGAAAAAGAGUCAGGCCCCUCCAGACCUGAGAGGAAGUUAUCAGAUGGGCACAAAAGCAGAAGCUUAAAGCAUAGCAGUAAGGAAGUGAGGAAAAAGGAAGAAAAUAAAUCAGAUGACAAGGAUGGUAAAGAAGUUGACAGUAAUCAUGAAAAGGCCAGAGGGAAUAGUUCGGUUAUAGAAAAGAAAUUGAGUAGAAAAUUGUGUGAAAACCGAAGAGUAAGCUUAUCCCAGGACAUGACCAAAGGAGAUGAAAGGUCAGCAAACACCUUGGGCACCACCAAUAGUUCCUCCAUUCAGAGACCAAAAAAGAGUGGUGACACCACAUCAAUGCCUGAACAAGAGCCGAUGGAAAUUGAUUCUGAGCCAGCUGUUGAAAACGUGUCUGAAGCAUCUAAAACCCAAGACAACAGCAAUACUAGUUCUCAGCAAGACCUUGAUUCUGAAAACAUCAUGAAACAAAAAAACGCGGUCCCGGUUCUAAAGGAUGAAUUAAGAACUUCCACAGCAGAUUCAAAAUCGGUAGCUCCGACCUGUAAAUCAGGACGCGGAACAGGAGUUGUUAGUAAUUCUGAAAAGCACGCUGACCAUAAAAGCCCCCUGACCAAGAAGUUGCAUAUCCAAAGCGCUAUAUCCAAACUGAACCCCGGGGAGAAAGAGCCCAUUCACCAGGGAACUCAUGACAUGAGUAGAGACUCUGACACUAGUCCUAGACCGUUUCCUCGAGCCCCGUCAGAAAAUGACAGGGCACAAAAGAAUUUGAAAAAUACAACCAGACCCACCCAAGAACAUGUUGCCCAAGGAGACGCUGGGCGUGAACAUUCCCCAAAUCUAGAUCGUUCACCAUCCUUGAGUUCAGUAGCUGUUGUGCCUACGAAACAGUCCCCCAAUUCAGAUGUAAGUACUUUGGUGGCCCAGGGGACUGCUUUAGAAGGCAGCCCUGCCAGCACCUCACUUGUGAAGCACCUCGUUAUUCCUAACCCAAGUUUGUCUGCUGGCGAAUCAGAAGUCCUUAGGACAAGUGACAGCAAAGAAAGUGGGGCAGUUUCCACCAUAGAUACGCCAGCAAAAGCUAGCACGGAUAGCAAAAGACACAUUCCAGAAGGUUGCCAGCCCGCUGUGCUGCACAGUAAGCAGGAAAAAGUAAACAUGUCUGUUGGUAGCAAGGUAACAGACGUGAAGAUGGAAAGUGAGAAUGUUAACAAAGAAGAUGGCUUGGUGGACAUGGCCAAGACAGAAGGUGACUUAAGCACAGAUCCCAGUCCAAAGCAGACAACAAGAGCUGUGCUAGAACAUGGCAAAAAGCAUGGUAUCACUGUUGACCCGGUAGCCGGCAUGCGGACAGAAAAAGCGGCUGAGACGGUUGUGCUCAAGUGUAGUAGUGGCCCAGGUGAAACAGAAAGCACAGCAGUUGAUGUUGACAGAAGGACCGAAAACAAUGAGGUGGACACCAGUGCUGGCCGUAAUGCCGCUUCCUCAGUUUCUCAGCAACGGAGUGGAAAUGUUGAGGAUGUGACAGCUGGGUCUCGUGGGGCAAAAAAGUCUUCUUUUGCCACUAGUUCUGAAGGGAAGGACGAAGGCGUCCCCUCCAAUACCGUCAAGGCGGGGGAUGCUACAACCACUUCCUCGGAAACAGGAGAGGGUGAGGUGCCUGUGCCCUGCAUGAGCAUUGAGGCAGACGAAGGCUUUGUAGCAGGUGCCUGCUCUGGAAACCAUCCUCUUCACGUUGGGGCAGAAGCCAGCGAAUACACUGUCUUUGCAGCAGCCGAAGAGGGUGGAGGUGUUGUCACGGAAGGAUUUGCUGAAAGUGAAACCUUCCUCACAAGCACCAAGGAGGGAGAGAGUGGAGAGUGUGCCAUGGCUGAAUCUGAAGAAAGGGCAGCAGACCCCAUGACUGCUCACACAGUGACAGUUGAAGACAGUGUCAAUAGUGAGGUGACAGAAGAGAAAGAUGAUGCUGUCACCAGCGCCGGCUCUGAAGAAAAGUGUGACGGUUCUUCGCGUAGUGACUUGGAAAUGGCAGAAAGAGCACCCACCUUUAUCAGUGAGGUCGAAAGUGAUGGUGCGGUGACAAGUGCUGGGACAGAAAUAAGGGAGGGCUCCAUAAGCAGUGAGGAGGUGGAUGGGUUCCAGAGAAAUGUGAUGAGAAUGGGCCCCAAAAAAGAAACGGAGGGGACCGUGACGUGCACCGGAGCGGAAAGGAGCAGCGCUGCCUGUGCCGUGUGCUCCGUCACCGGUGCAGAGCGACAGGAGGAGCGAGUGGUUACAGGUGCGGAAGCGGCCCUGGUGGGCGACGACGUGCCGCCAGGAACCAGUGCCCCCAAGGAAAGAGACACUUCUGUGAAUGAUGGUGCAGAAGGUGAAAGUGCCGUCACCAGCACGGGGAUAACAGAAGAAGAUGGAGAGGGGCCAGCGAGCUGCACAGGCUCGGAAGAGGGCAGCGAGGGCUUUGCUCUGAGUUCCGAAUCGGAAGAAAAUGGAGAGAGCGCGAUGGACAGCACGGUAGCCAGCGAAGGCCCUACUGUGAUGCUGGUCGCCACUGGCCCAUGUGACGACGAAGGCGUUGUCACCAGCACCGGUGCAAAAGAGGAGGACGAGGAAGGUGAAGGUGUGGUGACCAGCACGGGACGGGGAAAUGAAGUCGGGCACGCGUCCACUUGCACUGGGGCGGAGGAUGAGAGCGAAGGAGUAUCGAUUUGUGGAAGUGCCGAAGAAGGGGACAGUCAGGUUGGGACCGCGGCAGGGCGCAUAGGAGCCGAGGCCGGAGCCGCUGUCACUAAUACCAACGAGAGCGGCUUCGACAGCAUGAGCAGUGUGGACAAGGGCCCGAAGGAGCCGGAGAUCUGCUCCAGCGCCAAAGGGAUCGUAGAAAGCAGCGUGACCAGUGCGGCUUCGGGGAAGGCUGAAGUGGCACCAGUUCCCGAAGGUCACGAGGCUCCCAUGAUGAGCGCAGCUUCAGGUCAGAGUGACAGUCCACUCGCCAGAAAAGAAAAGGUGGAUGAUACCACUGCUUCCGCUGGCAUGGUGGGGGGCAGCUCUGAGGUAGUUGGGCCGGGUGCGGACCCACAGUGUGAAGCCGGGCACAUGUCACCCGGUGGGAAAGAAGAUGAAGCCAUCAUCACCUCUGUGGAAAACGAAGAAUGUGAUGGCCUUAUGGCCACUACAGCCAGGGACGCUGUCACCAAGCAAGCUUGUGUCGCUGGGGGCAAAAGUCCGGGCAAAGGCCUGCUGAUCUCCACCAGCACAACAAACGAUUACACCCCUCAGCUAGGCGCAGUGGCAGACGUACAGGAGGGUCAUUCGAGCGCACCGAGAACUGGGGAAGAUGUGGAAGGUGCGGGCAUAAGCGGGGAAGAAUUCGAGGCCCCCAUGCCCAGUGCAGUGUCCGAUGCGAGCCAGCUGGCUGCCGUGCGAAACGAGGACAAAGACGAGUGUGCCAUGAUUUCCACGAGCAUAGGCGAGGAGUUCGAGGUGCCCGUUUCCAGCGCAACAACCCUUGUGUGUGCUGCGAGUCAGCCGCCGGUGGCCGCGGUGGAGGGAGGCGCGAGAGGUGCCAGCUCGGCAAGCACCGACGACUUCGAGGGGCCCAUGCCCAGCGCACCCGCAGUAGCCGAAAGCCCCCUGGCCUCGACCAGCAAGGAGGAGAAAGACGAGUGUGCGCUCAUCUCCACCAGCAUAGCAGAGGAGUGCGAGGCCUCCGUGGCAGGCGCACGGCCCCCCGCUGGCCCGGAAGAGAAGGACGGCAGCGCCAUCAUCUCCACCAGCUCGGGGGAGGACUGCGAGGGCCCCGUGUCCAGCGCCGCCCCGCGGGAGGAAAGCCACCCCUCGGCCACGCGAGCGGAGGAGAUUGGUGACACCGCCAUGAUUUCCACAAGCACCUCCGAAGGCCGCGAGGCGGCCAUGAGGGGCGCUGGCCUACAAGACGACGAAGGGCCCGCCACCGUGAGGACAGAGGACUCGAGCGACGCAGCCAUCAUCUCCACCAGCACGGCCGAGUGCGUGCUGGCGCCCGCCGGCCUCGACAGGCACGAGGAGAGCCAGCUGACCGCCCGUGUCUUCUAUGGAAAAGAUGACCCGUCAGCUGCCAGGAAGAGCCAGGCGGAGGCCCCAGUGCCCAGCCCGAUAGCGACAAGCAGCCCUCCACACCCCGCGCCACCGGCGGGGGCCAGAGCCGCGGGCUCCGAGGAUGGUCCCCGCGAGGUGCCACCAGCAGUGAUGGAACAGAGCGAGGGCUCUUCACACCUCGUCGAUGCAGCAGAGAGGAGCAUGUGGCCAGGCUCCGUUCAGAGAGGACAGGGGGCCCAAGGGGCAGCCGCGGCCGGGCACCACGCCUGUUGGGCAGGGAGGGGUGAGCAGAGGGGAACUGGCUUACCCGAGGAUCGGAGGGGACAGGAGCAGACGGCCAGGCGGACAGCUGAGGACCCCUCCCCUAGGAGUCACCGCUUGGCGGCAAUGAGUCUUGGUGCCGAGAGAGCCGAGGGUGCGCCCCCUGCAGGAGACCCUGCUGCGAGGUCACCCUCUCCCGGGCACUGUGCAUCCGUGGACCCUGCGGAAACCACCACUGAAUGUGUUAAUGGCCAAGAAUCAGAAACUGGUCCUUCCCCCGUGGCGGUUCUUCCAGCUGCCUGUGAUGUGGCUCUGUCAGCUCUAAAACAUGAGCAAGACCUGACUGUGACAAGUGACUGCAAUGGCAGACGGACAGUCCAGGGGUCCAAUGAGAAGGCAGGAGAUGAUGAUGGCAUAAGGAAGUCAUUCCAAGAGGAAGGAGACCUCAAGGUCACUGUUCCUCCUGAAGGAACUUUGCACAAUAUAGGCAAUGAAGAGUCUCCAUCGAGUGUUUUGGGAGGACAGGCACCAAAAGGCAACUUGAAAACCGAGACAUUUGUACCAUCCGAGGAAGAGAAAAAGCAUGAAAUCCCAGCAGCACCAGAAAGUCUGUGUGGGAAAGAGCCAAGUGGAUCAGCCCAACUGCAGGGAGAGCCUUUCUUGGUGAAUCAGUCACUUAAUGUCAAAAAUUCAGGCUCCAGAACAAAUGAAGAAAUUGAUGGCAAAUCUAACAAAGAAGAGAUAUCCAAUGGCAGAAAAGACAGCACAGAAGCCUUACGAGAUCACAGUGUUGAAGCAAAUCCUAAAGAGGCUGAAGAGGAAGAAAGGCAGAUGCCUAAAAGAAAAAGAAAGAAGCAUUACCCCUCUUCAGAAGAUGAACUGGAUGAAAAUCCAGAUGUCCUAGAUUCCAGAAUAGAAGCAGCACACAGGCAGUGUUCUGAAACUGAGCCACAAGAUACAAAGGAGGGGAACGCAGCGGAUCCGGAAGAAUUCUCUAAAAUGAGUUCUAAGACAGCCAGCACUGCCUCCCGGGCCGUGGACGAAAAAGACGAAUACAGCAGCGGGGAAGCUGCUGGUGAAAAGACAGAGCAGAAUGAUGAUGACACGGUGAAAUCUCAGGAGGAAGAUCAGCCAGUAAUUAUUAAAAGGAAAAGAGGAAGACCCCGUAAAUACCCAGUCGAAACAGCGUUAAAAACAAAAGAAGAUUGCAAAACGGAUCCUGGCGUUGUCACUGUCGAACAGUCUCCGUCUGGCAGCAAACCAAAAGCCACACAAGCCGACGAGUCCAGUAAAGAAGCCAGUGCCCCACAAGAGAGACGUAUGAGCCACGAUGAUGGCGAAGAGAAAGCGGUAGCGAGCGUGCGCCGGAGAGGAAGAAAGCCCAAGCGGUCGCUCACUCUGUCAGACGAUGCUGCAGAAUCUUCAGAGCCGGAAAGGAAGCGCCAGAAAUCAGUGUCUGAAGGCACCGAGGACAAGCGAGACCAGGAGUCGGAGGAGGAGGAGGAGGAGGAAGACGAGGAGGAGCCCCCGGGAGCCACCACGAGGUCGGCCACCAGAUCAGAGGCUCAGAGAAAGCAUCCUAGCAAGCCAGCGGCACCUGCAGCAUCCAAACAUGGCAGCCCAGAGACAGUUUCUUCUAGAAAUCGCCAAAAAUUAGCAAAAGAGAAGUUAUCUGCCAGCGAGAAAGUUAGUAAAUCUCCCCCAUUAGGAAGAUCGAAGGCCCAGCUCUCGCCUUCUAGCAAGCGCAAGAGGGAAGCCAGCCCCCCCGGAGCCCGCACUAGAGGCCAGCAGAGGGUGGAGGAAGCCCCUUCGAAGAAGGCCAAGCGGUAAUCCUGGCCGCCGCUGCCGUCCCUGGCUUGUUGGGGCCACCGCAGAGAGAGGAGGGACGAGCCUCGGGGCCAUACGCUUUUGUUUUUAACCAGGGAAAGGACAUGCAUGUGCUCUGAGUUCCUAGGUGCAAGCUUUUUCUUGUUCUGUUUUAAACAGCUUUAUAAACUACUGUUCAUAGAAGAUAUUAUGUACAUUUAUUUCAGAUAAAGGAAAAUAAGUUUACUUUGUAUCUGAACUCCAAACAAAGUAGUUGUAUAUUUUAACAUUUGAAAUUGGGAUUUCCCGAUGGGACACGUCCCUAAUGCAAACCCUUCCGGCCCAUCAGACACCAGGCUGCCUACUGGUAAUCUGUGUACAGUAUAGAAACCUGUAAAAAUAGGUUGUAUUUUACUCUAUGUAUGAUGCUAAUCAAUGAACACUUUAUUUAUUUUACAGAGAAAACUUAUCUGUGAACUUUACUAUAUAUCUGCUUAUUUUAUUUUAUUAUUUUUUUUUAUAAAAAAAAUGGGGGGGAGGGGUUUUAAAUGCUAUGCAGUCAUUAGUAGAGAUGUUUUAGGACGCUCCCUGCCUUGUAACUAUCUGACUAUGACCCGGCAGGAAAUACCGAAUCUUCUCGCAUGUAUCCCAGUAAAGUAGUUUAGCUCCAGAAAGGGUCUGCAGUGCUUUUCUGUUCACAGCUGUGACUGUUGAACGUACCUUGUUUUUAGAUUACGCUCGCCUCUGUGGCUCUCCCUCCAGCCCGCCCCCUGCAGCUGAAAAAACCCAUUCCGUCCAUGUCCGUUCCCCCCCUCUGUGUUCCUCCGAGGCUUCUACCCAUUUUCUUUCCACGUUGUCCUUUUCCGUGACGAGAAACGCAUCGAGAUUAGGUCACUCCUGUCUGUCGAGCUUCAGGAUUUUAUGUUGUUUUAUACACAAUGAUUUCAAGAUAGAAACUGGCUUUAUUGCCAGAUUCUUUUUUAAACAUGUUUUAACUCCCAUACGAACAAACUGUCCGCCCUAAGUUUUUCAUAAGAUUAAAUUUUUCUUAAGAUCAAACUUGCCUCCAGCAAUGGAUGUGAUGAGUUGCCAAAUAAUUGAGAUUAUUUUAAAAUGUUUUGUUCAUAUUGUUUUAUAAUUAAAAUUUACAUUCAGUGUGUGUGAA